UCAGUAACCCCUUCAAUGAUACGUAACCGAAUAAGUGUGUGGCUAAAGUCCAGUCAGUUUACACACACAUUUAGUCCUGACUCCCGGGGGGAACUGACGCAGACCGGACCUCUCUCUCUGCAUAUCUCCACUGGUGCUGAAGCUUAUCAGGAAAGAAAGAAGAUGAUUGCAUCCAAACUGCCUUUGCUGAUGCUGAUACUGAGUGGGGUCUCAGGACUGUUGAGGACUCAUGCAAUCCCAAGGCUUGAAGAAAGAAAUGUGGCCCUCGGAGCCGAGGCGGUACAGUCUUCCACCGGUUAUGGAGGUUUGGCCAGGUAUGCUGUAGAUGGCAGCCUGGAAACGAAUUACCACCUUAAGAAGUGCACUCACACUGCACAACAGGAUAACCCCUGGUGGAGAGUGGACCUGAACAGAACCUACAACAUCAGCAGGAUUGUCAUCACCAACCGAGGGGACUGCUGUGUAGAGCGAAUCAGUGGAGCCCAGAUCCGUGUCGGCCAGAGCCUGUGGAACAAUGGCAACAGCAACGAGAAAGUUGCUGUUAUAGAAACUAUUCUAAGUGGCCACUCGCAAUCAUACCAGGUACAGAACGCAGUGGGGAGCUAUGUGAACAUUUUCCUACCAGGAGUGGAAAAAAUUCUGACGUUAUGUGAGGUGCAGGUGUUUGUCGAGUUGACUGAUGCACACAAGGCAUCGCUGCUUCCUGAGGAAGCCGGUUUGCGUAACCUUGCCAUCAAAGGAAGAGCCACCCAGUCCAGUCUGAACGGCUCUGGCAUGUGGGCCGGCAUCGGUGUCGCUGGAAAUGCCAUCGAUGGGAACCGAAACUCGGCCCUCGCCAAAGGUUCCUGCACCCAAACAGCAAAUGAGAGCUCUCCUUGGUGGAGGGUGAACCUCCAUCUAAAGUACAGUAUCUCUGCUGUGGCACUGACCAACCGAGGGGACUGCUGUUCAGACGGUUUGGAUGGUGCCGAGAUUCGGAUUGGGAAUUCCAUAGAGAACGAAGGAAAAGAUAAUCCAAUUUGUGACACAGUGUCCUCCAUCCCUGCUGGACAGACUGUGUAUUAUAACUGCAGCAGUCUGCUGGAGGGCAGCUAUGUGACCGUGGUCCUGCCCAGAGAGGGAACCCUGAGCCUGUGUGAGGUGGAGGUGUUCGGUUACUCUCGUAUCUAUGCGAUUACAGAAUACACACUGUUGCUGGAGAACGACGCUGCUGAAUUAAUCACACGGUGUAAGGAGCAGCAACAGUGUUCAAACCAUGAAACUAAGAUGAUCCUAACUGUGCUGUUGUUGAUUGGGCUCCUGCCUGGACCUGGAGUCACUGCCUCCAAAGAGAACAUCGCAGUCAGAUCCAGAGCGGUACAGUCGUCUACAUAUAAUGAAUUAGCAGACGCUGAGCAUGCUGUCGACGGCAACAGUGAUUCAAACUAUAUGAGAGGCUCAUGCACUCACACAAUGCCUGAAACAGAUCCCUGGUUGAGGGUGGAGCUGCCUGGAGUCUACAAAAUAACAUCUGUUACCAUCUUUAACCGUGGAGACUGCUGCAGUGAGAGGAUACACGGAGCUCAGGUUCGCAUCGGGAACAGCCUCAAGAACAACGGCAACGAAAACAAGCUAGUUGCUGUUAUUGGUCCAACGUGGCUUGAAGUCUCUAAAACAUACAGGUUUAAACCCACUGAGGGGCGCUAUGUUAAUAUUUUCCUACCAGGAGAGGAGAAAGUCCUCACUUUGUGUGAGGUGCAGGUGUUUGCAGAUGAGGAAGUGGACCCUAAAUUACUUGAUCUACAUGAAAACCUUGCACUCGGGGCCAAAGCAGUUCAGUCGUCUACAUAUGAUUUUUUAGGAGACGCUGCGAAUGCAGUAGAUGGCAACAGUAACACAAACUACUUGAAAAAGUCAUGCAGUCACACCCAUUCUGAUAACAACCCCUGGUUGAGGGUGGAGCUUCCAGACGUCUAUAACGUAACGUCCGUUACCAUCGUGAACCGUAAAGACUGCUGUGGAGACCGAAUAAACGGAGCUCAGAUUCGCAUCGGGAACAGCCUCGACAACAAAGGCAACGACAACAAACUAGUUGCUGUUAUUGGUCCAAUGGGGUCUGAGGUCAUAAAAACGUAUAAGUUCAAAGCCACCGAGGGGCAGUUUGUUAAUAUUUUCUUACCAGGUCAGCGCAAAAUACUCACUCUGUGUGAGGUGAAGGUGUAUGCAGAUGAGAUAUUCGACCCUAAAUCAUUUUAUCUACAUGACAAAGAAGACCUGGAUAACAUUGCUCUCAGAGGAACAGCCACCCAGUCCAGCCUGCACAGUUCAGAGAUCUCAGCCGGCUUUGGUCUGCCCCUAAACGCCAUUGACGGGAACCGAAAUUCAGACCUGAUGAAGGGUUCCUGCAUGCGAACGCAACAGGAGACGUCCCCCUGGUGGAGGCUGAGCCUGCCUCGCAGAUACGUCAUCAGUUCUGUCGCACUGACCAAUCGAGGAGACUGCUGUUCAGAACAUGUGGACGGGGCGGAGAUCCGGAUUGGUGAUUCCCUGGAGAACGAGGGGAAAGAUAAUCCACUGUGCACCAUAGUGUCCUCCAUCCCUGCUGGACAGACUGAGCAUUAUAACUGCACAGAUCUGCUGGAGGGCAGCUACGUGACCGUGGUUCUGCCGGGAGAGGAGAGGACUCUGAGCCUGUGUGAGGUGGAGGUGUUCGGGCUUCCGGUUGCCCGUUGUGGAUUUUUGGUCUAAUAAAAAAAAUUAUAUUCAAUAAAAUUUAACUGUAUUCAUUUCA